CUCGUGCAAAACUCGACGUUUUUCGGUGAAAUAAAGGCGAAAUUUGUGAUAAAAAAGUGCAAUAACGUGUGCUGCGGUUGGGGAACAUGAUGGAGCUGUACGAUUCGGCACGAUAUGGAUCAAUUUUUAGCAACAUUUACCUCUCGAGCGAAUCCAACGAUGGAAGCGGCGGUAGCACCAGCAACGGCAGCGAUGGCGGCCCUAGCGCUGCAGCAAAAAAGGAUUCGAAAGUGCUGCUGGAACCGUCGUUGGAGCGGUACGAGAUAGCCGCAAAUGCAUCCCGUUUUGCAGUUUAUCAUUCUGUACGGUCGAUUGUGCUGGAACGGGAAACCACCACCCGCAGCACGGUCACCUCCAUGAGGAUAAUCGAUACCGCACUGGAUGAACCGAAAUCGAUUGGACAGCAGAGCAGCGCUGGUAACGGCAUUGGUGGCUCGAUGGCCACGCGCGUACCGCAGAUUGUGCUGGCGGGUCUGGACAGCCUGUAUGGGAUUAUAGCGGAAACGCGGCAGAGUCAACCCAGCAUUGCCACGAAGGCGCUCCGCUCUUUGUACGACAUCCUGCAGGGACAAGUGCCAGAGGGAAUGCGGAACGAGCCGGAGUCCGUGUUUGGUCCGCUGUUCGAUCUACUACUGGAGCUAGCGACAAGCAGUACCCCGGCUUCAACGGCAACUAGCGGCUGGUCAUCGCUGGCUUGCUCGACAUUACUUUCCUUGGCCAUCGCCAAGGGUGACACCGGUCGUAUAGUGCGUGCGGUGGCCGCCAUUCUAAUGAGUUCGGCUCAUACUGGCAGCACAACGGGCGGUGGGAGUUCCACCGGUGCCGGCGGUUCCGUACAGAUGCCUCAAAGUGUGGCCAAGUUGCAGCGAACGAUCUACUCCAUGGCCACGGGACGGGCCACGAUAGCCGAUUACUUUCGGUGCGGUGUACCACGUGGCUGCCUGAUCGGUGAGUUCCGGCUUCCGCUGGAAUCGUCGAGCGUCUACUCGGUCGCCUCGGAUGGAAAGUUCUUGUACUUGGUGACGGCGAAGGGAUUGCUCAAGAUCGGAUCCGGCUUUAAUGGGACUCAGGAGGGAUUGAUUUAUGGGGCCGUGACGAUCACCAUGGCCAAACACGAGCUUCCUGGAUGGAUCGGCUAUGCUGGCGGCAAACUGUACUACGGACGUGUCAGUAAGGCGAACGUGAACAGUGGCUGGACGUUCCAGUUGUACGAUCCGACCACGUUGACGGCCCUGGGCACAGUGCAAACGGCACCAAUUCCCACUCUGCAACGUCGCUACGGGCAACUGUUUUCCGAUGGUGAUGCGAUCUGCUGGCUCGGUGCCGUAUCGGAUGGUGGCUCGGAUCUGGAGGAUCAGGAGGAGGACAUUCUGGUCGUGAAGCAGCUUUAUCCACCCGUCUCUAACGUCACUUCGAGUGCAAUACCGGGCCCAACGGAAGUACGGCCCGAACUAAGGCUAAAGUUGGCCAAGAACCGUUAUCAUACGUACGGUUGGGCAGCUUUUGAGGAAGAACUUGGAGAUAAUGUGGCAGGUGGCGGUGCUGCAGGUACUGCUGGUGCUGCUGGGCCUUCCACAACCACCGUUGUGGCACCUCCCGUCCUAGACGGUAAUCCACAUCAAGGUGGAGCAAUUCAGUCGAUCUCUUGUGGCAAAGAGUUUGGUUUGGUACUGGUGGAUGAUGGAACGGGUGGAGGAGGAGGAGCAAGCGGCAACGGUGGUAAGGUGUAUUACUGGGGCCGUGGAACGGCACUUGGUUUGAAAUUGUCAGCUAACAUGGCUGGCGGAGCGAGCUGCGUCAUGAGUGCCCCGAAAGCCACGGUGACGAUGAAGCUAACGGAACUGACGGCCCUCCCCAAGGGUAUCAGCUACUUUCGGCAGGUCGCCGUUGGUCACGAGGCUAACCAUGGCCUUUUGUUGACCAACGAUGGUACGGUGUACUUCACCGGGACAGCCAAGCGUGGAGAAGACGGCGAGCUGGCCAAAACUAACCGGCGUCAACCGAAGGCGAUCAAACCGAAGCGUCUUAACAAACUGGAUGGUCAUUCGGUUACGUUUGUCGCGUGUAACAAUGGUACGUCUGCUUUUGUAACGAAGGAAGGUAAACUGAUCAUGUACGGCAAGGAUACGAACUACUGUGAACCGAACGGUGUUGUUGGAGGACUGACGGAUGUGGCCAUCCGGAAGGUAGCACUCGGGAAGGCGCACUGCGUUGCUGUUGAUGCACUUGGGCAGCUCUACACCUUUGGUCUCAACAAUAAAGGCCAAUGUGGCCGCAAGUUCCAGCGUGAACGUAAUGUGGAUGAAGCGUCGACGACCAACAAUCCGCCAAACACCGGUUCAACCAAUCCGAUGAAUGGUGCAGCGACAAACCUUACCGGCACUCAGACAUGUAACGCUUGCCACGUGGGUCCACCACCAUUAAAUGCUGGUAACGAUCACCAGGCACCGCCAGGAUCGAGCAAAUGUGGCUGUGGUUGUGGUUGCUGCUGUCACUGCGG